ACGUUUGGAGGCAGAAACUAUGAUGCUUUUGGAGGACCAUCAACAGGCAGAGGCCGAGGCCGAGGACAUAUGGGUGACUUUGGAAGCAUUCAUAGACCUGGCAUUGUUGUUGACUAUCAAAACAAGCCCACCAAUGUGACAGUUGCUACUGCAAGAGGAAUAAAGAGAAAAAUGGUACAACCAUUUAAUAAGCCUGGUGGAGCCUUUAUCAAGAAACCUAAGUUAGCAAAACCUAUGGAGAAGAUGAGCCUCAGCAAAUCACCUACAAAAGCUGACCCUAAAAAUGAAGAAGAAGAAAAGCGAUGAAUUGAGGCCCGACGAGAGAAACAAAGGCGUAGAAGAGAAAAAAACAGUGAGAAAUAUGGUGAUGGAUACAGAAUGGCAUUUACAUGUUCAUUUUGUAAAUUUCGAACCUUUGAAGAAAAAGAUAUUGAGCUGCAUCUGGAAAGUUCAUCACACAAGGAGACAUUAGAUCAUAUUCAGAAACAAACCAAAUUUGAUAAAAUAGUUAUGGACUUUUUGCAUGAGUGUAUGGUGAAUAAAUUCAAGAAAACAUCUAUUCGUAAGCAACAGACAAAUAAUCAAACAGAAGUUGUUAAGAUAAUAGAAAAAGAUGUCAUGGAAGGUGUUACAGCUGAUGAUCACAUGAUGAAAGUAGAGACUGUUCACUGCAGUGCCUGCAGCGUGUAUAUCUCUGCAUUACAUAGUUCAGUUCAGCAGCACCUCAAAUCUCCUGAUCACAUCAAGGGGAAGCAGGCUUAUAAGGAGCAGAUAAAAAGAGAGAGUGUCUUAACUGCAACAAGCAUUUUAAAUAAUCCAAUAUUGAAGUCACGAUAUGAACGUUUCGUUAAGGGUGAAAAUCCUUUUGAAAUUCAAGAUCAGUCUCAGGAUCAGCAAAUAGAAGGUGAUGAAGAGGAUGAAGAAAAGAUUGAUGAACCUAUUGAAGAAGAGGAAGAUGAGGAGGAAGCUGGGGAAGCAGAAGGUGUGGAAGAAGCGGAGGAAGCAGGAGAAGCUGAAGGAGCAGAAGGAGAGGGGGAUGCAGAGGGAAGGGAGGAGGGUGGGGCUGAGGGGGGAGAGGGUCCAGAGGGGGAAGUAGAAGGAGCAGGGGAAGCAGAACUGGACGAAGCAGCAGCAAAGGAGCCUGUUGAUUUUCCGGUUGAGCAACCAGAAGAAAAUUAAAUAUAAGGAAUUAGAUUUAAAUAGAGCUUUAAAUUUCUGUCCUAAUGUGGAAAGGGUAAGAAUUUUAAUAGCUUCAAGUAUGAAUUAACACUCAAGUUGCAUGCACUCCACAUAUUAAAAUUUGUUUUAUAUUCUU